AAUUGUUUUUCAAAACAAUUGAAAAAAAACACACGCACAUACUAACAACAACAAAGAAUGCGCCUGCGUUAAAAACUAUUUAAAUAUUCAAAUUAUUAACAAACUGUUGAUUUUUAAAAGAAAAUGAAUACGCCCGGCAUAAGUUUAUUUCAAGGAGCCGAGAGUAUUAAAGUUAAUACCAGCUUGGAAAGGCAAGAAGAGGAGGAGGCUUUAGAAGAUCAAAGAAGACGCCAUGAAGAGUUGGGUAAAAUAAUCGAAAAUGCUUUUGGUGAUUUGGAUGAUGACGAGACCACCAUAGAUUCCACAACAAAUUUUCAGUCUGACUUAAUGGAGCCAGCACAACAGCAGCAGCAUCAUCAGCAGCCUCUGCUUACGCACCCCUAUGGUAAUAAUAUAAAUAAUGCCUUUGCGCCUGCUCCUCCCACUGUUGUGGAUCACAGUGCCUGCGAGAAGGAAAUACAUAACCUUAAAAUGUUGGCAGAGUCACGUAGCCGUGAACUGGAGCACUCACAACAUUUACUAAAUGAAGAGUAUCAUAGACGCAGUGAUUUGGAAAAGAAAUUAAGCAUAACGCAGGCUGAAUUAGAUCGUGCCUUGUCUAGCAAAUCAAAUAAUCACGAGCUAUUGGUGGAAUCUAAAGAAAAAUGUUCGAAUUUGGAAAAUACCAUUAACAAAAUGAAAAAUGAGAAAAAAUCUUUGGAGGCGGAAAACAAUGCUCUAGUGGGGAAAUUGGAAACAGCACAAAAUCUAUUGGCAGAUGUUCAGAGGAAAUAUGACAUGGUGGAAAGAGAUUUAAAUAGAAAUCAAGAACGUAACUUUGAAUUGAAACGUAAACAAAUGGAAGAUCGCCAUCGGGCCGAAAUCGAAAUGCUGCAACAACAAAUGGAACAAGUGGCCAAUAAAUUGGAUAAGAAGUCUUCUGAAUUGGAGAGUAUGAAUACCCGCUAUCAAGCCUUGCAGGAAUCACAUCAAAUGAUGUUGUGUGAUAAGGCCAGUAAAAUCAAUGAUCUAAAUCAUGCACUCGAUGAGGCUCAGAAACGUUGUGAGGAAUUGCUGUCGCGUCCCGAUUACUUCCAGGAGAAUGUAAGGUUGCAAAAACUCAUAGCCAGUCUGCAGCAACAGAUUCAAGAUAUGGAAAAGACUAUUAACUCCUUAAAAGAACGUUUGGAAAUGACCACCGCGGAAUUGGACUCCAUGGAUAGUGUGUUGCAUCAAUAUAAUCAAGAAGAUACACCGCGUAGACUUAGCCAGACUCAAGGACGUGUGGUGGGUAGUACUCCUCUCAAUCCCCUCGAUAGAAUGGGCAAUUUAAAGGAGGAACUCUAUCGUGCUUUAGCCAAUAUUAAAAGCAAACGGGAAGAGAUACGUAAACUGCAACAAUUCCUAGACGAAAAACAACUGGAGAUCAAACAACUAAAGCAAGAAGAAAAUAAGUCUUUGGUACAAAUUUCCACUUUAAAAGAGGAAAAUAUAAAACUACAAAAUAAAUUACGUGUAAUGGAGGAAGAAUUUGAACAGCAGGCCCAAACGCAACAGCAAGACAAUCGUUUGCACUCACAACUAGAAGACUUGAGAAGACAAUUGGCUGAGGAAACACAAAAAACCCAACAACUGGAAGAACAAAAAUUGCAACAAGAAAUUGAACGCAAAAAACUCGAUGGCCAAUUGAAAAAUCUCGAAAUCGACUUGGAAGAACUCAAACAAGAACAUGAAAGUCUUAAAUUAAAUAAUGAACAAAUACUCAAAGAAAAUCUUGGUCUUAAGCAGCGACACACCGCCGAGAAUACGCGUUUGGAAUUGGAAAAACAUAAAUUUCUUCUAAAAGAUGCCCAAGCAGAAUGUGAUCGUUUGAAAAAUCUCUAUGUUGAGAUAUCAAAUGCCAAAGAGGCUUUAUCGUAUGAAAUGGAAAAGUUACUUAAAACAGACAGAGCCAAGGAAUUGCAGGAGGAAAAGGAAAAAGUGGCCAAUUUACAGCGAGGUUUGAAAUUGGCCGAAGUUAAGUGUUCAGAAUUAUCCAAGAUUUUGGAAACUGAGAAAUUGUGUCAUGAAAGAGAAAUUGCCGAUUUACGCGAGAAAUUGGAAAAGGAAAAGUUGGAAACUACAAAGGCCGCCAAGGAGGCGGCAAAUGAAUGUGCCAAGUGUAUGGAUUAUGUGGCGGAGUUAACAAAGUUUGAAAUUCAGAAUCUUAAACUCACCAACAUUAAUGCAAUUAGCAAAAAAGAAAUCGAUGAAUUAACAAAAGAAUUAAAAAAUUCCAAAAGCCAUAUUGCCGAAUUAAAUGAACAAUUAAAAUUAAGUGAACAGCAGGAACAUCUUAUCAAAGAACUAAAAACAAAAGCUACACAAUUUGAAGAAUACAUUAAAACACACAGUUCAGCUUCAGAAGCUUCCAACAGUCCCCUGAAGAAUUCCAGACAAUUAAGCGAUAAAAGUGUAACAACAUCACCAGAAUUAGAACGUAACGAAAUUAAAAAGAUCGAAGCAAGAAUACGUGAUGAAAUGGCGAAAAUAUUUGCCGUAGAGUUAAAACGUUUUCAAUCCAAACUCCAAGAAACUCAAGAACAAAGUCUUUGUCUGCAACGUGAAUAUCAACACAUUAAUGCAGAAUUGCAACAAAGACAAACUGAGGUGGAUCUGUUGAAACAGGCCAUUUUAGCAGAGCGAGAAAAAAUGGAUGAAAUUCUUAAGCAAAAGGAUGAUGAAUAUAAAGAUAUUAUACAAAGACAAAAUAUAAGCAUACAAAAGACACGCGAUGAACUACAACAAAAAGUGCAAAGAAUUAAAGAAUUGACCAGCGAAUUAAACGAACGACAAGCACAAAUUGAGGCUGAACGAAAAUCGAUGAAGGCGGUAAUGAAACAAUGGGAAGAGCAGAGAAAAAGUCUAGAUGCUGUAGAAAUGGAUUGGAAACAGAAAUUUACAGAUCUACAAAAGGCACACGAAAGUGCCGUACAAUCCUGGCAAACAAAAUAUAAUUCGGCAAAGAGAACAGCUGCUAAUUACAAGCGUUAUUCCGAAGAUAAAGAAGCCCAUAUGUUGAAAGAAUACGAUAGAUUGAAAAUUGAAUAUGAUGCCCAAUUGGCCAAGAUACAAGUGCGCAUGAAGGAAAGUUUAGAAAAGAAAAGUUUGGAGCUAAAACAGGCCCUGGACAAACAACGAUGUUUAAAUAAUAAUAAUAAAGAAAAUACCGCUAGUAAUUAAAUUGUUUAUUUGCAAGUAGAAAUUAAUAUAAUUUUAAGUAACUUUUUAUGUAUUUAGUUGAAUUUUUAAUUUUAAUCAUAUUUUGCCAACAUUUGUUUUUAAUAAGCACUGGACUGCUCCUUAUUAAUAAGUUUCUUUCUUUUUAGAGAAUACUCUUGUUAUGACUUUCUUAGAUUUUUUUUAUAUAUUGGCCACUUCCAGGUCUCUCAAAAAUAAUUUGUGUGAGAUAAAAAUAUUAAGAAUAAAAAUUGUUUUAUAUAUAUAAUUUAAA